CACUGGAUGGAGAACUGAGCUGCACCUCCAGACCGGCGGAUGUCGGUCUGCCACCGCCGCGGCGGUACCACCGGCGCGCGAGGAAAGGCGGCCGGCGACAAAGCGAGCAGCAGCCGCUGCUGUUUCCGGCAUGGUGCUCGUUUGCGUCGCCGUCCGUCUUUGGGAUGAACUUUGCGAUAAGGAAGGUAUCCAGCGGAGGAGCAUCGCCAAAAGGCGAGACCCCCGGCCUCACCGGGCGCGCCACUUCACUCUCGGCUUUUGGCCCCGACGGGCUUGGAAUCUCCUGUCGCUUUUCCUUCCAGUAUACAAGCGCCUGCCGGUCAUCGCUGCGCCGUCGGCCGGGUCCUGUGCGCACCGGCUGUUCGAUGAAUUGCCCGCAUGGCGAUGGGGCUUCCUCGUGCUGGUCUCUUCGUCUUUGGGGUCCUUGUGUCCGCGUUCCGGCUGGCCCAUUCGUCAACAGACAAUAAUUCCUCCGAGGUCAGGGCGGUGAACUUGGGAGGCUGGCUGGUGGUGGAGGGUUGGAUCAAGCCCUCCUUGUUUGAUGGCAUUCCUAACCGCGACAUGCUUGAUGGCACGCAGGUGCAGCUCAAGUCAGUGGGGCUUCAGAAGUACGUGAGCGCGGGCGAUGGUGGUGGCAGCAACGUGACAGUGGAUCGGGAUGCUGCUUCUUCAUGGGAGACCUUCAAGCUAUGGAGAAUUUCUAUGAAUGAGUUUCAGUUCCGCUGCUUCAACGGUCAGUUCUUGACAUCAAGUGAUGGCGAUGUCAUCUCAGCAACAGCAGAUUCAUCAGGGGACCCUGAAACAUUUUACAUUGAGAGGAACAAUACACUGCUUCAUAUCAAGCUUUUAAAUGGGAGUUAUUUGCAGGUCACAGACAAUAAUCAGCUUACUCCAAAUUACCCUUCCCAACCAGGAUGGGAUGAUGCUAUGGCAACAUUUGAGAUGACAAUUGUUGCCAAUAACUUGCAUGGAGACUACCAGCUUGCCAAUGGAUAUGGGCCUGACAAGGCAAAGUCAGUCUUGGAAGAACACCGGAAGAACUUUGUGAGUGGAAGCGAUUUCUCUUUCAUCUCACAGAACGGUAUCAAUGCAGUCAGGAUUCCAGUUGGAUGGUGGAUUGCAUAUGAUCCUGAUCCACCUGCUCCAUUUAUUGGUGGCUCCCUGAAUGCCCUCGAUAGAGCAUUCCAUUGGGCACAGAUUUAUGGCUUGAAGUGCAUCAUUGAUCUCCACGCGGCUCCUGGAUCUCAAAAUGGAAUGGAGCACAGUGCUAGCAGAGAUGGUUCAGUAGAUUGGCCUUCGGAAGCUAACAUACAGAAAACAUUGGAUGUCAUUAAUUUUCUAGCUCAAAGAUAUGCUGACAACCCCUGUCUCCUAGGUAUUGAGCUUUUGAAUGAACCUUCUGCAGCUGCAGUCCCACUAGACACUCUAGUGUCAUAUUACAAAACAGGCUACCAGAUUGUACGAAGUUAUUCAGACACUGCUUAUGUCAUAUUCUGCCAGAGGAUUGGGAAUGCAGACCCAAUGGAGCUUUACCAGGCUUACCUGGGUGCGACAAACACGGUUGUAGACUUACAUUACUACAACCUCUUUGAUCCUUAUUUUGAAAAACUGAAUGCAACAGAGAACAUACAGUUCAUUUACAAGAACAGACUGCCUCAAGUACAGUCCUUGAAUCGUGCAAAUGGACCUCUUGUUUUUAUCGGAGAGUGGGUAAAUGAAUGGAAUGUGACGAACGCUUCACAAGUCCAAUAUCAAUUGUUUGGAAACGCGCAAUUAGAGGUCUAUGGUGAAGCAUCCUUUGGCUGGUCUUAUUGGACAGUCAAGUGCAACAGUGUGCACUGGGACUAUGAAUGGAACAUAAGGAAUAGGUAUCUUCUUGGUGGUUCACUACUCAUAAGCCCAAACUACAUGUUGCUUGUGGCAGGAUGCCUCAUGUACCUUUUGUCUGCAUUUACAUGAUAGGAGAAACUUAACUACAGAAGGUAGUCUUGAUUGUCCCUACGCAAAGGGAGAUAGACAGAUAGUCUGAUAGCCGCCUCGCCAAUUUUGAGUACUCUAUUCGUUCAAAAAAGUCUAUGCGAAGCGUUCCUAAA